AUGGUCUCUUUGAGCAACAUUGUUGAUGAAACACGAAUUGGAUUAGCUUUCAUAUUCAUAGUCCAAUGUCACGUUUGUCAAGGAAAAAUCAGAUUUACUACUGACAAACAACACCAAGUGGAAAAGAAAAACGUGCAAGGAAAAUCCAGAAACCAUUAUGAUGUCGAUACCAGAGCAGCAAUGGGAGCUUUGAAUGGCGGCAUGGGCAGCACGCAUAUAAAUAAGAUAUUGGCUUCGUUAAAUACUCCUCCCUUUCAUUUAAAUAGCUAUAAAACGCAUGAAAUAGAGGUAGGCACUGCGGUAGAAGAAAUUGCUCGAGACAGCUGCAUCGCAGCGACUUUCAUGGAGCGAGAACUGUCCAUUCAAAACAUCGACAAGCUAAAAAAUUUGUUUGACAACCCGGAAUCGUAUGAACAUUCCGCAAUAGGACAUGGUUUUCAGAGCGAACAAUUAUUCGAUGCAUUACGAUGUAUAUUUGAUGUACUAGCUUCAAAAACGGACAGAUUUGCAGCAGGAGUGUCGAGUAAUGUUAACGAAAGCCUGAACUCAACAAUUGCUAGUAAAGCACCAAAAUCUCGCCUUUAUGGUACAACAUCUUCGGGUGAUGCUCGACUAGCAUGCGCUAUUAAGUUGCCACACAAAAAGGAACGUUCGGAAGGUUCUCAAAUGUACCAAUCCGACAUGGGAUUAUUAAAUGCUGAUAUGCCUCCUAUAUUUGACAUUCCAAACAACUCUCUAUCACGAGCAUUGGUAUUUUUCGAUUUAGAAACUGGAGGUUUUUCUAAAACAGCAGAUAUUUUGCAAAUAGCUGCUAAACACGAGAGCUCACAUUUUUCUAUUUACAUAAAUCCAACCCAAAAAAUUGAUGAAAAAGCAAGCAGUGUAUCUGGUUUACGGGUAGUCGCAGGGCAACUAGAAUGUCAUAGGAAAGUAGUCACAUCGGUAACUCUUCUCGAUGCAUUAUUACAAUUUUAUAAUUUCCUGGGAGCAUUGCAAAGAAAAUGCAUUUUAUUGCACAUAACUGCACCUUCGAUCGCCCAAGACUUUUAG